AUACAAUAAAUAAAAUACAUGUUUAAAGGAGACGGAAGAAAUAACUUUGAGGAAGAAGAUCAAGUGUUUUGGGAUGACAAGUCGGACAGUGAAUCUGACCAUGAAGAGAUAAGAGGAAAUGAAAGAAGGAGAUUGGUUGAAACUUKGGAUAUUGAUAUCGAAGACCUAGAAAGAGAUUUUGAACAAUCUAGUGCAGAAAUAAGUGUUGCCGUUGAAGCAAGUUUCUGAGUGACCCUUAUUAACUGGAUUGCCUUGUUUGUGUGCUUUUGGUCUGCAUACUUUUCUGUACCAGACAGAGGCAUUGAUAUUCUACUCGCCUUUUUUAAAGCGAUUUUUCAGGUUUUGUGUGAGCUUACGCCAAUCAUUUUCCCAACCGCAGUAUUGGUUUUCCUUGAAAAAUUAUCUUUCUUUUAAAAAGAAGCAUUCAAAGUAUGUUGUUUGUCCGAAAUGUGACACCCUACACCGUUUUCAAGACUGCAUUACAACAAGAUUCGGGCGUGUCAUUGCUAAACCAUGUUCUCACAUUGCUUUUCCGAAUCACCGUCAAUUGUUUUGCCGCACACCUUGUGGAGCGGAAUUGUUUAAGGAAAUUCGUUUGAAAAAUGGACAGACGAAAUUGUACCCACAUAAAGUUUAUUGUUAUGAAAGCAUCAGAGAGACUCUAACUCACUUUAUUAAGCGACCAGACUUUGUACAAAGAUGUGAGAUGUGGAGAAAUCGGAAUGUACCGGACGAUAUUUUAGUUGAUAUUUACGAUGGCCAAGUGUGGAAAGAUUGGCAAUAUUUUAACGGCACUCCUUUUCUUGCCCAGCCUAAUGAUUAUGCUUUUAUGCUGAAUGUUUACUGAUUUCAGCCUUUUAAGCACAGUGUCUAUAGCGUUGGAGUCAUAUAUAUGGUCCUCCUAAAUCUUCCGAGAAAAGAAAGGUASAAAGAGGAAAACGUAAUAAUAGUUGGGGUAAUACCUGGUCCACACGAGCCCAAAUUGAAUAUCAAUACGUACUUACAACCACUUGUAGCCGAAUUGAACUUAUUGUGGCACGAAGGCAUCCAAGUUCGACCUCAUUGGAGUAGAACAGCAAGAUGUUUUCGAGCUGCCCUCCUUUGUAUUGCUUGUAACAUUCCUGCACUAAGAAAAGUUUGCGGUUUCUUAGGAUGUACUGCUCACCGAGGGUGCUCAAAGCGCACAAGAUUUUCCCCCGGAGAUUUUAGUAGCAUGGAUGUUUCAGGUUUCGAAGAUGACGAUACACCAAGGACAAAUGAAGAGCAUGGAAGAGAGGCUCAGAAAAUACUUAAUGCAACAACCGCUGAUGAAUGAAACCAAAUUGAAACUUCCGCUGGAACAAGAUAUUCUGAACUCUUACAGUUGCCUUACUUCGAUUGUACUCGUUACCAUGUUGUUGAUCCUAUGCACAAUUUGUUUUUAGGGACAGCAAAACAUUUAAUGAAAAAUUUAUGGCUAAAUGCUGAAACGCCAAUUAUUUCCAAAGGAAAUUUGAAUAAAAUCCAGGAAAAGUUAGAUGACUUCAAAGCACCGUCAUUUAUUGGGCGUCUCCCGAAAAAGAUAUCAAUAUCGUUUGGAGGAUUUACUGCUGAUCAGUGGAAAACAUGGACUCUGUUGUAUUCUGUAUUCUGCAUUUGGAAUAUCGUUCCAACACAUGAUUUGGAGCUGUGGAGGUUAUUCGUAUUGUCCUGCUUUCACUUUUGCUCUCCACUUAUUACAACUGAAGAGCUACAAGAAGGACAUGAUUACCUAGUGGAAUUUUGUAAAUCGUUUGAAAAAAGAUACGGAAAGGAACGUGUUACGCCAAACAUGCAUCUACACCUGCACCUCAAACAAUGUAUUUUAGAUUACGGKCCUGUAUAUUCAUUUUGGCUUUUCAGCUUCGAACGUUUCAAUAGGAUUUUAGGAGCGUUUCGAACUAACAAUAGAUCUGUUGAAAUACAAAUCAUGAGAAAAAGUCUCCAAAAGCAUGAACUAAGAGAUAUCCCUUUACCAGAGAGAUUUCGAGAAACUUUCCGACCAGUAUUUCAACUUCUUCAGGAGGCACAACACGUAGGAACACUUGGCGAAAGCAUCCCAUCAAUACCAUCAACACUUAAUCUUUCAGUUGGUCAAGUACUACGUUGCUUAGAGUGGAGCAAUAUGAAUGCAUACUCAUGUUUUUCACCUCGAUCCAUUGAUGUUCUUGAUAAUGACUAUACAGAAUAUCUCUUUAAAGCUUAUGAAACAAUUUUACCUCAACACUCGGUCAYUGAAUKUGUUACCGAUACGUUUGAGAGAAUUAGUACCAUUGGAUAUUCGGGGACAAAGCUAGGGUCCUCUGACUCUAGACUGGAACGUUCUUCCUUCAUUCUUGCAAGUUGGUGUGGCCAAUAUAGUGGCAGUAUUAAGUCGAUUCAUUUGACUUGCUCCCCGGUGUUGUCGAUUUCUUUCUUAAACAAACCAUUACAAUUGAUGGCAAGCAGGAAUCAUUGUGUAUGGCAAAGGUUCGAUGGUUUCAGCGUCAUCCAGAAAGACACAGGAUUGGCAGACCACAUGAAAUUUGGUGCAGAAACUUGUUUGAAAUGGAAGGGCCCUCUACAUUCAUUCCCAUACAAAGGAUACACAGCCAGUUUAUUGCUGCGUACGAUGUUAUUGACAAAGAAAGAGUAUUAAUUGUUUGUCCUUUACAACGUAAAUUGUACGGAUGAUGGAGAUGACAGUAAAGUAUCAUCCAGGAAAAAUAUUCAAAGUUAUCAAAAAUAAACUGUUUGAACUGUGCAUCAGUAACUAGAGAGUCAAAAUGAAAAUUGAAUGACUUGUUUGAUGAGUUUAAAAUUAGAUGAAUUAAAAUAAUUAUGAAUGAAAUUGCAUAUAUUGCCAAUAAAAAAGAUGAAUUCAUA